AUGGUCCCCUGUGCCCUCACAAAUAUGUUGGUGAGACUGAAGGAGCUGCAGGACAGUGGCAGGUGUGAUGGUCCGGUGUGGGGACCACAGAUUGUGAAACAUCAGGAUCUGACCUCAGAUCAGCUCAGAGAGCUGCUGCAGCGGCUGACACAAGGUCUCGUGUUGGACCUCAGCCCCAGGACCUGGUCCGGUCUGAUCGAGACCCUUGUGGACCUACUACAGACUUCAGACCUGAUCCGACCUGAAGACCGAGAUCCGGUUAUUAAAGUCCUCCUACUGCCACACUGUGAUGGUGACUCGGGUGAAAAGCAGGACUCAGGUCUGGACCAGGACUCUGAGGUGGCUCUGGUGCUCUCUGCUCAGGUCAGAUCUCUGCGUGACCCGGUGGUGGCGCUGGUGAGGCUGCAGGAGCCACUUAUGUUCCACACGGUUCUCUCGGCCCCAGUGCGAGUCCUGUUCAUCAGCCUGGAACCAGGGACCACCGAGACCGGGACCACACAAACCAAGACCAUGCAGACCGGACCAGCCUUCGCCUCCGUUAUGAGGGACCAGACACUAUCGGAGGCUCUAUCCCGAGCUCCGGACCCAGAUGACGUCCUGAAGGUCCUUGUCCAACGUCUGGAACCAAACGUCAUUAGAAGACGUGAACCAGACUUGUCCCUGGCCCCUACACCCUCCUCCCCCUCCCCCCUCAAUCGCACUGGGGCCCUCUUCGGGGGCCUCGUCAGAGACCUCAGGCACCGGUUUCCUCAGUAUGGCUCUGACAUCACAGACGCUCUGAACUCACAGUGUGUCGCCGCCGUCAUCUUCAUCUAUUUUGCUGCUUUAUCUCCAGCCGUGACCUUCGGAGGACUGCUAGGGGAGAAGACAGAUGGCCUGAUGGGCGUCUCGGAGCUCAUCAUUGCCACCUCUCUGCAGGGCCUGGUGUUCGCGCUGCUCUCUGCUCAGCCCAUGCUCAUCAUCGGCUUCUCUGGACCUCUGCUGGUGUUUGAGGAGGCCUUUUACGCCUUCUGCCAGUCUCUGGGCGUGGAGUACCUAACAGCGCGGUUGUGGGUGGGGCUCUGGCUUGUGGUGAUCGUCGUGGUGACCGUGGCGUUGGAGGGGAGUGUUCUGGUGCGGCACGUAUCACGCUUCACGCAGGAAAUCUUCUCUGUCCUCAUCUCUCUCAUCUUCAUCUACGAGACCUUCGUCAAGCUGGUCAAGAUUUUCCUACAGUUUCCUCUGACGAGCUGUUCCCGUGGAAACGCCACUGAGACGCUCGAUUGGAGGAACUCCUCUGAGCCGUCUGGUUGGCUGAAUGGCACACAGCACUCUGAUUGGUUGAACAGCUCCUCCUCCUCAUCAGCAGCAGUGCAUUCUGGGACGCGGCCCAACACGGCACUCCUGUCUCUGCUGCUGAUGUCCGGGACGUACCUCAGCGCCUUCUACCUGAGGAAGCUCAAGAACUCUGGAGUCCUGCCGGGACAGCUGAGGAGGACCAUCGGUGACUUCGGCGUUCCCAUCUCCAUCUUCAUCAUGGUGAUGGUGGACUUCAGCAUCACGGAUACCUUCACCCAGAAGCUGAGUGUGCCCAGUGGCCUCUCCGUCUCCACUCCUGAGAAGCGGUCGUGGCUGGUCCCAUUCCUCGGAGCGUCCGGAGGGUUUCCUGUCUGGAUGGCGGCGGCCAGUGCUCUGCCGGCGCUGCUGGUGUUUAUCCUGCUGUUCAUGGAGUCUCAGAUCACAGCACUCAUUGUCAGCAAGCGGAUCGUUAAGGGCACCGGUUUCCAUAGUGACCUGCUGGUCAUUGUGGUGGUGGGCGGAGUAUCGGCGCUGUUCGGGUUGCCGUGGUUAUCGGCUGCCACCGUGCGCUCCGUCACUCACGCCAACGCGCUGACCAUCACGUACAAGCCCCACACCGAGGAAGAGAAGCCCCACCCCCUGGAACAGAAGCCUCAACCCCUGGAAGAGAAGCCCCACCCACAUGAGAAACCACGCCCUCUGGAGCCUCACCCACACCCACCCGGACCCCUCCCCCUCCUCCGGGAGCAGAGGGUCACUGCCUUUGUGGUGGCGCUGCUUGUCGGGCUCUCCGUGUUUGUGGCCGGGCUCCUGAGACAGAUUCCGGUGGCUGUUCUCUUCGGCGUGUUCCUCUACAUGGGCGUCAUGUCGCUGCAGGGCAUCCAGCUGAGUGAGCGGCUGCAGCUGCUGAUCGUGCCCAGGAAGUACCACCCCAAGAGCGGGUACAUCGCCCAGAUGCGGCCAUGGCGUCUGCACCUCUACACAGGUCUUCAGCUGGCCUGUCUGGUCUUCCUGUGGGCUGUCAUGGCGUCUCCUCUUGCUCUGCUCUUUCCCUUUGUUCUGCUGCUGACGGUGCCACUGCGCAAACUACUGCUCCCCCUUGUGUUCACGCAGAAAGAACUGCAGCUGCUCGAUGGGGAGGAGCCAGAGGAGCCGGAGGACGAGUACGAGGUGCAGAUGCCUGUGUGA